CAGCUGUUGCUGCUGACUUUAGAAAGUUUUAAAUAACAUUAACUGCGGAAAAAAUACAGCCAACUGUAUUGGCAAAAACCAAUGUACAAGUUCUACAUACAUUUGUAGUGGGUUUAACAACGAUAAAUCCGCGUUAAUCAGCAGUCAAACGGCUGGAGCUUCAGUAUCUCAUAACACGCCGUUGCGUUUGGAAGUCUCUAUCAGAGAAACUGCGCUGCAUUCUGGCGCAUGAAUUGCUAUUUCCCAUUAUCUUCAGUAUUCUGGGGGUGGGCAGUUGGGAUUCCGAGUUCCGCGAGAGAUAAGUAGCAAUUCAGAAACGCAUCCGCAGAAUGCCCCGCUCCGAUACGGAAGCCUUGGUGAGUGACGUGGAGGCUGGCGACGAUGCGGCGCCACGCAUUCUGGACGCCUCUUCUGCAGCUAGUAAUGAACAGGUGGACCGUUCUCCCGUUAUCCCGCCGCAUGAUUACAACAGCUACCGAUGGUUCAUCCUGGAACCCGCAGUUUUUUUGAUAUUCUUUGCCAGAUAUUUAAUUGGGGCGGUUUAUCAAAAUCAGAUCCUCUACCAAACGUGCGUCACCAUCAAGAAAUUUAAUGCCACACAAUGUGAGCCGUUGCUGGGCAUAGAUCGCAGUUCGGAUGCGGAUAAAGAAGUGGAGGUGAUAGUCCAGACGUAUACGGCCAAUAUCAUGAUGACAACCUCUUUGCUAGAGAGCAUAAUACCAGCCUUUGCGAGUCUAUUCCUGGGUCCCUGGUCCGAUAAGUUCGGAAGGCGUCCCAUUCUUCUGACAACAUUUACGGGUUACCUUACUGGCUCACUCAUACUGAUAGUUAUUACCUAUGUAACCAUGUCCACGAAUAUAAGUCCAUGGUGGUUCCUUCUGUACUCAGUUCCUUCUGUUUUAAGUGGCGGAACAUGUGCCUUGAUCACAGGGAUCUAUUGCUACAUAUCUGAUGUAGCCAAGGAGCGAAAGAAGGCUCUGCGAAUGGUUCUCAACGAGGCAUCCCUCUGCGCGGGCAUGAUGGUUGGAAAUGUGGCCAGCGGUUAUAUCUAUGCUGCCACAAAUGCUUUGGUUCUAUUUUCAAUAGCCGGAAGCCUGAUGUUGCUAGCUCUAAUGUAUGUCUAUAUCUUUGUCCCUGAGAGCUUGAAUCCAGCCGAUAUACAAACAGGAUCACGAAUCCGUGAGUUCUUCCGUUUUGAUUUGGUUAAGGAUCUGGUUCGCACUUGCUUUAAAAGAAGACCCAACUUUGAUCGCGCCAUCAUCUGGCUUACUAUGAUUGCUCUUACGAUAGCCAUAUUUGAUAUGGAGGGUGAGGGCACUGUGAACUACAUGUUCAUGCAAGAGCAGUUCAACUGGACCAUCAAGGAUUUCAGCUUGUUCAAUGCCUCUCGCAUCGUGAUCCAGAUUGUGGGCAGCAUUGUUGGAAUGGUUGUUUUGCGCCGUGUCCUAAAGAUGUCUAUCGUUACCAUGGCAAUGCUUUCCCUGGCCUGCUGCGUUCUGGAAAGCACAGUAAGAGCCACAGCCGUUUACUGGCAGGAGAUGUACCUGGGCAUGACAUUGGGAAUGAUGCGGGGCGUCAUGGGACCGAUGUGCCGUGCAAUUCUCUCUCACGUGGCACCCGCCACGGAAGUGGGCAAGAUUUUCGCUCUGACAACCUCCAUGGAAUCGGUUUCGCCACUCGGGGCUGCUCCUCUGUAUACCACUGUUUAUAAGGCAACGUUGGAAUAUUAUCCAGGGGCUUUUAACUUCAUCAGCGCGGGUCUAUACUUUGUGUGUUACAUUCUGAUAGCUGUGAUAUUCGGUAUUCAGAAAUCGAUGGGCAGUAGCAGUGUUUAUCAGGCUAUUGGCAGUUAACCAGCACUCCCGCAAUCCAAUUUAGCUGAAUGUAUCUCAUAAUAUGAACACCUCCUGCCUGUGCUGGAUAGGGCUCCCAUUUUAAACGACUAUAAACUAUUUGUAAUUAAACCUAGAGUUUGUACGCCUUGUAUUUGUGCAAGUAUUAUGAUUUUUAUCUGUGUGCAUGUAUUUGCUGUCUGGAAUGUGUUUGCAUGUGCAAGCAUACUAAAUUUGUCAGCAAAAGAUUAAAAAUAAAAAAGCAUUGUUAAGAUAUGUUAAAAAGCGAAAAAUAAAUUGUAAAUACGACAAACA